UGAAUGCAUGAUAAUAAUUACGCACUACCACAUUUCAGAUUUCCCCUUUCUUUGGCGUGAAGAAAUUUUAACCAACAAAAAAAAAAAUAAAAGAAAAAUUAAUAUCAAUAGAAAGGGAAUCUGUUACAACAUUUUUAUAAAACACAAACUACACAAAAAUAGUGCAAAUACAAAUCACGUGCAAUGGCUGAUCAACAAAAACCCAAUGACAAUGAACUCAACGAAUUGUUAGACAAUGCUCUACAAGACUUUAGUAAAAAUGAUAAAAGCUCAAGCAAUAAUGCAAGUGCAGUUGCCACAGCAGGUGCAACAGGAGAAAGUGCAGAGCCAGCUGGUGACUCUGAAGAAUUCUUUUUAGAACAGGCUAAAUUAUUGGCUGAACGCAUGAACACAUUGUUCGGUGGACCCGACACACCCAGUGGUGAUGUGCCCCCUAUGCCUCAAGAUCCCGAACAAAUUUUAUCCGGGUUUAAGAAAAUGGCCGAAGCUGCUGCUAUGACUUUGCAGGGAGAAAACUCAGCCAGCGAUGAAGAAGUUGCCAAAUAUUCCGAUAGCAUAGCCCAAGCUUUGAAAGGUCUUCAAGAGGGCACCGAUAACUUGAAUGCACCAGUUUCAGAAACUGAUGUCGCUCAAAUGUUUGGCGGUUUGAGUUUGGAAAAUGCUGGCACCGAUGAUGGCAACAUGUUCCUACCCUUUAUGGAAGGUAUGAUGCAGUCGCUAUUGUCCGCUGAAAUUCUUUUGCCAAGCAUUAAAGAACUUUUGGAAAAGUAUCCCAAAUACUUGGAAGAAAAUGGUGAUAAAAUAUCGGCCGAAGAUAAAGAACGCUACGAAAAACAAUUGGAGUUGUACAAAGUUAUUGAGGGACAUUUGGAAAGUGAAAAUGCCAAUGAUUCAGCUAAAGAAAAACGUGAUAAAUUCAAAAUUGUAUUAGAUGAUAUGCGUAAAUUGCAAGAAUAUGGUCAACCACCGGAAGAAAUUUUAGCCGAAACUGCCGGUGAUUUGCCAAUGUUAGAUCCUGCAGCAGCGGGUGCCGCCGCUGGUAAUCCCCAAUGCCCCAUGAUGUAGUAGCUAAUGUCAAUUUGUCGUUGUUGAAAUUUAUGCCCAAAAUAAUUUAUUUUUUUUUUAAAUUGAUUUCUAAAUGAUUUUUUAUCAUUAUUUUUAUUUUAAUUAUAUAGUAGUAUUAUAAUCAUCUACUUGUUGUGGUUUUACGGUUUAUCUUUUUUCAUUAUUUGUCUAAACUAAACUUUUUUUAAAAAAAGUUAUUGUAAAAAUGCUAUAAAAUGCAUUUAUUUAAAACUACAUUUUGAAAUGGAAUUAUUAUUUUUGCUAUGACAAACGAUUUAAAAAAAAAAGAGAUAAUAAAUAAAUAUAAAUUCUA